GGGCACUAACAUUUAAUGGCUGACGCAGAAAGCAAUGGAGACCGCCUGUCUAGAAAAUUACAUGUCUCUGAGCCCUUGGCUUUAACACAUGCACCUUCACAUUUCUCUGACUUUCUCUCAAAUUGACCUACUUUUAUUCAAACAUGUUACGGACAUUGUGUCGGGCCGGCGGGGCUGUUUUUAAGAACUCUCAGCAGACUGUGCCCAGGCUGUGGGUGACUCCAGCGCAACAACGAUGGGCCUCCCGCCUACCCAUGAACACUGUAGUCCUGUUUGUGCCCCAGCAGGAGGCCUGGGUGGUCGAGAGGAUGGGUCGCUUUCACCGGAUCUUAGAGCCAGGACUCAACGUCCUCAUUCCCCUGCUUGACCAAAUUCGUUAUGUGCAAAGCCUUAAAGAGAUUGUUAUUGAUGUUCCUGAACAGUCAGCUGUUUCUCUAGAUAACGUGACCCUGCAAAUCGACGGAGUGCUUUUUUUGAGAAUCUUAGAUCCUUUUAAGGCUAGUUAUGGUGUAGAGGACCCAGAAUAUGCUGUGACUCAGCUUGCACAAACCACCAUGCGUUCAGAACUGGGCAAACUCACGCUGGAUAAAGUAUUCAGGGAAAGGGAGUCUCUUAAUUCCAACAUCGUCCACUCCAUCAACCAGGCGUCAGACGAGUGGGGAAUCCGCUGCCUGCGUUAUGAAAUCAAAGACAUACAGGUUCCACCUCGUGUUAAAGAGUCAAUGCAGAUGCAGGUGGAGGCUGAGCGCAGGAAGAGGGCCACAGUGCUGGAGUCUGAGGGGACACGGGAAGCAGGCAUCAACAUCGCAGAGGGUCACAAGCAAGCCCAAAUCCUCGCUUCAGAGGGAGAGAAGGCUGAGCUGAUCAACAAAGCAACCGGUGAGGCCCAAGCUGUGUUAGCCAAAGCUGAAGCCAAAUCCAAGGCUAUUCGUCUGCUGUCAGAUGCCCUGGCUGAACAGAACGGGAAUGCUGCGGCCUCGCUGAGUGUUGCUGAACAGUACGUCUCUGCUUUCUCCAACCUCGCCAAAGAGUCCAACACUGUGCUUCUGCCCUCCAACACUGGUGACAUUAGUGGAAUGGUCACACAGGCCAUGACCAUUUACAGCACGCUGGCCAAACAGAGGCCAAAGGUUGAGAGAAUGAAGACCAAGACUGAUGAACCAAGUGAAGAGCCUCCAGUCCAGUCAACAGCAGCUCAAUAGCCGUGGAUGCCAUGACUGCUCUAAACUGUGGCUGACA